CUUGCGCUUUACUCCCUUCGCCCGGCGGGGCCCGCGCGCGGGCCAUGGAGGCGCGGAGCCGCUGCUACCAGUUUCGGGUGCUGCUGCUCGGGGACGCGGGGGUGGGCAAGACGGCGCUGCUGCGGCGCUACGUGGCGGGCACGUGCAUCACCAGGUCCUUCUACCGGAACGUGGCGGGCGUCCUGCUGGUCUAUGAUGUGACGAACAGGAGGUCCUUUGAACACAUCCAAGACUGGCACGCGGAGGUCCUGGCCACUCAGGGCCCCAGGGUGAUCUUCCUGCUGGUCGGCCACAAGAGUGACCUGCAGAGCAGCCGCUGCGUUUCCCUGGAGGAGGCCGAGGCACUGGCCGCCUCCCUGGGGUCGGCCUUCAUAGAGACCUCCGCCAGGAACGACUGCAAUGUGGAGCUGGCCUUUGACACCCUCACGGACGCCAUCCUGCAGGCCCUGCAGCGGGGGGACAUAGCGCUGGAAGAGGACUGGGGGGGAGUCCGACUCAUCCACAAGGCCCAGGUGCCCAGGUGCCCCAGCAGGAACCCGCAGCAGGGGGGCCCAUGCCAGUGCUGAUCUGGGAGAGAGCGGGUGGAAGGGGCCCAACCUCACGCACCCUGUGGGCGGGGCUACUGUAUUAGUGUCUCUAGGGGCUAACGACAGAGGUUGAUGUCAGGAGUAUCUUGACAUGGUCCUGCCUCCUGGACUUGGAGGUCUCCUUUCCUUGCUAGGGAAAGGGCUAAGAAGCCAGGUAUGCAUCCCCGUCCUUAAGCCUCAGGGUCCUCGUCUCUCCGUGGAGCUCAUAAACGAUCCCACUGCUCGGGGAGGUUGUGGUCCCGGGUGAGAUAGAGAGCGGGUGUGCCCCUCAGAGCCUGCCACCCUGACAAUGCAGAACAGAGACUGUCAUCCCUGCACUCCUUUCUGGCCCUGACCUGCCGUCUCUGGCAGCAUUCUUGGGCCCAGCCCUGAGCCGCUUGGCGUCUGGACAGCUGUCCCGGGCAGGACCGAGUGGGGAUUUCCAGUGUGAGCUUGGCUUGGAGACAGACCCGCUUCUUUGAGACAGGGUUUCACUAUGUAGCCCAGGCUGGCCUCGAAUGAUCCUCUUGCCUCAGCCUCCCAAGUGCUGGGAUUACAGGUGUGCCCCACUCUCCUGGGCCUUGGAGCCCCUGUUGGUCCUCAGAUUAGGAUGAGUCUGGGCCUGGGAUUAGGUGUGGUCUCAAACUCAGGGUUGCUACCCACUGUCCCCACCCCAAGCCCAGGAGCUGAAUCUGGACCCCAGAGGCAGGGGUGUGGGGAGCGAGCGGCGGUCAGGUUGGGCACAUGGACACGAAGAAGAGCCUGGCGGGCUGAAGGAGGCACCCAGCCAGCUGCCGGGCUCUCCCUGGGGGAUCUUAGCUUGCGGAGCUCCUAGAUUGCCCUGGCCUGGGACAACCCACCUCCGGCUUCCAUCUGCGCAGGGGUUGGGGGCCCUCUCACCCCGACUCUGGACAACUCUGAGGGUCAGACCCUCAGAGCUUCGUCUCUCCUUGGGCUUCACUGAGGACAUCGCUGGGACAGUGUCAUGGCCAAAUCGUUCCUCUGCCCAUCCUGCUUCCUUCCCCCCCAGGUGUGGCUCUCAAGAAUGUCCCCUGAGAAAUGUCUGCCCGCCAGCUCCAUCUCAGAAUCUGCCUCCUGGGGCACCCAGCCUGUCACAGGAACUACCAGGCAAGAAUGGGCGUAUUUUCAUCCCUUCACCAAUUUUGUGUUCUUUCCAUGAGAAUUGACUCUGUUCAAGUCUCUGGGGAAACAGCAGUGACGGUGACAGAAAAGUCCUCUUGGGACUGGCCUUCCAGCGGAAGAGGAAACAGUAACGAACCGCAUGAUUUCCAGUUGUGUUCAGGGCUGCGACUGGCACAGAUCAGGGACGCGGGGCCUGUGGCGCGGGGGCCUCUCUGAGAUGAGCUUGGAGCUGCGCGCUGGCGCGGGAGAGAAGCUGGGCUCGGAGCAGGGAUCCGUGGCAGUGACCGGCCGCCCCAUGCAGCACUGCUUAGGUUCCAGGCGGCUCUGUGCUCACGACAGCCACACCAGGCGGGGCUGUUAUCCACAUUACAGAUGGGACCGGCCGUGGGCCCCGGGCCAGGCCACUGACAGGCUUGCGGUCACACAGCCGAAGAGCCAGGAAGUGCAGUGCUUUCCCCAGGACUCUCUUCGUAGCCUCUCUACCGGAGGGCGGCUUGUUUGGGAGAGAGCAGCAAAUGCCGGUCACAGGGCUGUCAGGGGCAGGAGGAAGAGCUGACACUGCCCUCAGAAGCCCUGGCCGGGAGGAUCCACAGGAGGGGAUGGAGUGCCCUGUCUCUUUCUAAAAGCAAAGUGUCCAUAGUGACUUCGGUCCCACGGCGUUGUGACGCUAAGUAAAGGAUGUGAACUCCAA